ACUGGGAUACAAAUCAAAACAAGUAAAGUGAAUUCUGUGAGCGAAUUGUUCCUUUCUGAAACGCCGUGGUUUGGCUUCCACUUCCUCACUACCUUUCUCUGAGAUACUCUGUUUUCCUUUUUCUUCCCGAUAAAGACGAUGGGAUUCUCGGGGGUUCGAUAUGUUGUGAUUUUUGCUUUACUGACGAGGUUGUGUAUGGCUCAGGCGCCGGCGCCGGCACCGGGUUCUUCACAGCCUCUACCUCCGCUACCAACUACGCCGGCCCCUUCUCCGGUCGUUUUCCCUCCAUCUCCGACUCCGACGCCAAACAGAGCACCAUCGCUUUCACCAGCUCCGGCGUCGCCCUCACCCGCUCCGGAAGCUCCGUCACCAGCGCCAGCGGUACCAGCUCCAGCUCCGGCGACUACUGCUCCGACCCCAGCUCCAAGCUCCAGUCUUACUCCUUCCGGUGGUCCUGUAGUUCCACCCAUUGCUUCUCCUCCUUCACCCACCGGAAUCGAGGUGCCUUCAAGUGCACCCCAAGCACCGGCGGCCGACAACCCAGCUGGAGCGGCGUCGCACAUCGGUGGAGCGGCUUUCGGGAUCGCUGUUGCUGGAACUCUGUUCGCAGUGAUUUUAGCGUAGACAAUGAUCGUUGGGUCAAUUAAGAGAUCUAAAAUUUGAAGGUGGAUUGGAGUGAUGCCUGAUGGAAUUCUUUUGCUUUUUUAAUCCCUUACCCAAACUGCCUUCACAAAAUUUCAUUGUUAUUAUUAUCGUUCUUAUUAUUUUUAAUCUUGGACAUUCAGAGAGUUGUUUUUGUAAUUUUUGAUAGUCAUGAUUAUUUUUUAGUAUUCAUUGUUCUUCUGUUGAUCAUAUUCCUUUUCCCAUUUUAUUUAUAAAGAAACGAAUUCUUUGUAGAUCAGAUUAGAGAUGAAUAAGAGUUUUUAUUUGAUGUUGGAAUCUUGUA